AGGGGGCGCGCUGAUAAUUUCCUCUACCGGAAGUUGAAGAGUGUUCCGGCUCGCGCAGCUGAGGGACAACAUGGCCGCAGUGGUGAUGUCCUGGUGUCGGUCCGGACUCCGGGUCUCCUCCCGCCGGUUCUUCAGAAGCUCCUUCAGCUCGGACUCCAGCGGGACUUCCGGCAGCGACCCGCCCGCCGCGGACACGCCCAGGUCCGGCUUCGCUGCCGCCUUCGACGUCCAGACGGAGAUCCGCCGGGAGGCUGCGAACUCAGCGGCCGGAAACAGAGGCUCCUCCUCCGGUCAGGACGAGAGCUUUGCCUCGCUGCUCCGCCGGUCCCCGCUGGUGCAGAUGGGACCGGCCAAGGACAAAGUGGUGGUCGGGAGGAUCUUCCACGUGAUCCAGGACGACUUGUACAUCGACUUCGGCGGGAAGUUCCACUGUGUGUGUCGGCGGCCGGCGGACGGAGGAGACAAGCUGCAGCGGGGCAGCAGGGUCCGUCUGCGGCUGCAGGACCUGGAGCUCACGGCCCGUUUCCUCGGAGCUAAGACCGACACGACGCUGCUGGAGGCCCAGGCGGUUCUACUGGGCCCGCUGGAGGGACGAGAGAACCGGGACUGAGGGAGUCCGGGUCCCUGAAGAGACUGAACCCGACCUGUGUCUGAUCACCUGUUCAGUCACGUGUUCGAUGACAGAGGGAUUGUUUGUAUUGAUCAGUGACGGAUGAUUAUUGAUCAGUGGGAACUUUGUGUCCAUAUUAAAGUGAUAAUGUUCUGAUCA